AUGGAAGUUGGGGUUACUUCGGUUGAUUUUCUUGGUGUCACUAUUCAUGAUGGCAAAUAUCAGCUCCAGCCUCAUUUAGGCAAAUCUCUUUUUCAGUUUUCUGAUGGCCCUCUCAAUACUACUCAGCUCCAACAGUUUCUCGGCAUUGUGAGCUAUAUGGCAGAAUUUAUCCCUCAUCAGAUAACUUACACAGGACCACUAUACAAGCUCCUUAAGAAAAGCCCUCCGCCAUGGAUGGCAGUUCAUACCAAGGCAAUUCAAGCCCUUAAGAGGAUGGCUGCUACUUUGCCCCCUCUCCACAUUCCCUCUCAUGGUACCCGCAUCCUUCAAACUGAUGCUAGUAAUGAAUAA